AUGGCUCUGGAUCUUUGCCCUAAUGGCCAUCCUUCCAGGUCCUCAGCCCUUAAUAACCUUGCAGCUUCCCUGUUAGCUCGAUCGGGGAGAUGUGGCUGGAACGAGGAUAUAGACGAUGUUAUUGAGCUUCUUCAUACUGCCGUGGAAGCUGACCCGGCACACCAUCCUGAUCGUUCCUUGACCCUGAAUAACCUCGCAACCGCCCUUCGAACUCGAUGUGAUCUGCACGGACAAGCGGAGGACGUCGAGAAUGCUGUCAAGCUUCACCAUGCCGCACUGCAACUCUGCCCCAAAGGCCACCAUGAUCGCUCUUUACUACUGAACAAUCUCGCAACUUCCCUUGAAGAUCGAUUUAACCUGAACGGACGGAUGGAAGACAUAUGCCAGGCUACUGAGCUCCUCUAUACUGCCUUGGAACUUCGCCCAGAAGGUCAUUCCGAUCGCUCCUCGACCCCUUUUAACCUCGCAAAUUGUCUCUAUGUUCGGUUCCGAAAAUGCAGGUGUGCAGCAGAUUUCCAAGAAUGUAUCCGGCUACUGGAGCUUGCUACUACCCAUUCAUUCUCGGGAUUACGGAUUCGUCUACUCGCUGGCCGUCUGUGGACAGAACUUGCACGAAGGCAUGAUCAUAAAUCCACUAUCACAGCUUACAGUACAGCAACGACGCUCCUGCAAAACGCCCUUACAGUAAGUCCGACUCUCCACACACAGCACGAAACCCUUGCUGGAAACAGUGACUUCGCAUCGCUUGCAUUAGAGGCGGCUUCAUAUGCAAUGCGCGGCUUAAGGUCUCCUCUAGACCAGCUUGCGGGAAUAAAUAAAGAGCUCUCUGACAGAUUUAGGGACGUGGGCCAACGACUAGAGAAUCUCGCAACGUCAUCCACAACGUUAUCGUCCGGUUUGACCGAGGUCGAUAAUGAAUUACUUUUGCCGAACAUUCAAAUACGGCAGCAGUCGUUCGAUGAGAUGCUGCUGUUGAAAAGGCAGCUCGCCAAGGAGCAGGGGGAGAUUAUCAACGAGAUACGGCGACUCCCCGGGUUUGAGAACUUUCUCGCGGCUACACCUUUCAAUGUAUUGCAACGUGCGGCUUCAGAGGGUCCGGUAAUCGUAGUAAACCAGUGUAGGUACCGAUCCGAUGCGCUAAUUGUCCUUCCCCGAGCGGAUCUCCCUAUUGUCGGUGUUCCGUUAGAUAAACACUUCUACAUCGAUGGUGUCAAGAUGUAUUGUGAGCUCUUGAAAACACGACAGCAAUUCACGGCCAGCUCGUCCGAAUAUGAGGUGAAGCUCGUCGAAGCGAUGAAGAUGUUAUGGGACAGGGUUGUCUUUAAGGUCGUCAAUAAACUUGAGGAGCUUGGGAUUAACGAAGGAUCACGCAUCUGGUGGUGUCUUACAGAUGUACUAUCUGCGCUUCCCUUCCACGCGGCAGGUCCAUUUGAGGAUAAAGAUGGCACUUCCAAGUAUCUACUCGACAAGUACAUCUCGUCAUAUACUCCAACACUGGGAGCACUCAUCAAUGCACGAUCAAGUGGAAACGGAGGAGAGCCAAAGGUGCUGAUUAUCGGGGAUACCUCACUCCCGUCGGCUAAAGGAGAAAUUCGCAGAAUUAGGAAUUGUGGUAUAUCCACCAAAGUACUGCGUGCGAAGGCAUCUCGUGAUGUGAUAAUUGAAGCACUUCGGAAGACCACAUGGGUGCACUUUGUUUGCCAUGGAAGCUUGGAUUCAAAGCCUCUCAACUCUUCAUUCAAGGUGUCCGACCGUGGGCUGACGUUACUCGAUAUUGUUCAAGGAAAUAUUUCGAAUGCGGAGUUUGCAUUCCUUUCGGCCUGCCAUACUGCCGAACAGCCUCCUGGUGGUACGCAGGAUGAAGUUCUUCACUUGGCCGCAGCAAUGCAAUUUUCUGGCUUCCGGAGUGUGAUUGGUUUGAUGUGGGAGCUACUUGAUGCUGACGGACCUUUCUUUGCCAACGCUAUUUAUGAAUACAUGUGGGACUGCGAUGAGGGCGAGGUGAGGUAUAAUCGGGCGGCUGCGGGACUUCGUCAAGCGGCAGUUGACUUGAAAGCACGAGGUGGCGUUCAGACUGAGAGAUGGGUCAACCUGGUUCAUAUUGCUGUUUGA